UGCAGACAGACAGGAAAUGAGAAGCUUGCACAUGCAACUUAAAGCAUUGACACAGACUGCACCAUUACUAGGCAGGCAUCGAGGGGGAAGGGGCAGGAGGUGACAGCUGCAAGGUGUCAUUAUUUUACUCUGCCUGUUAUGUACGUAGCCGUAGGGAUAGACAUAAUCUCAGGAAUCCUGCAAUGUAUUCACUGUCACAGGGCAGAGAACAGUUAGUAUAUAUUCAAACACCCUAGUCUUUUUGAAUACGGGACAUUUUUUUUUUUUUUCUGAGUUCCUGUAAAAAAAUACAUCUACUUUAAAAUCCAUACAGGAAAAAACACAAUAUUAUUUAUCUUUAGUAUAAGAGCGUAGUGGGUACCACAAUUAAACUCUGAGAAGAUUAUACCUUUAGAAAAAAAUAAUAAUAAUUUCAGACAAUAUUCCUAGAUCUGGGAACUACUAAGCUAUUUCCUUGAGUCACAGGGGUUAAUUUUUAAAUAAUAAGGUAUGCAGGCAGAUGCUCGGCAUCAUCAUAUAUAUAGUUUGGGAGUACACUGAAUUCAGUUUUUAUUUGAUAUCACCAGAGUCUCCCAGGUGGCACUAAUUAACGUCUCCCCUAAAUUAGAUUUAGAAAUAAAAUAGUUAAAACAUGUGGAUCUCUUUGAUUUGGAAUCUAUGUCCUGAGUUCAUACUGUGAAGGACAACUGAUUUUAAAACGUCCCCAGAACAAUACAGUAAUACAAGUCACCUCUAUUUACCUUGACAAACCGGACUGUUUGCUUAAUGGGUGCAUUUUUGAAAACCGCCUGGUUAAUUUGCAGCCCAGUGAUUCUGUAGGUAUGAAACUUCUCUAAUUUAACGCGUCGAAGGCUUAGAAAGAUAAUCAUCGGUGCCGUAUGAAACAUGCAGUUCGCAACGCAAACAUAGUGUAUCCAUAGCACCAGUGGCUGUCAGCCAACUCAAUCGCAAUAUUAAUGACUUCAGUUGGAUUACCCUUAGGAUGCAAGAUUUGAGUUUAGAAAGGAUUUCAAAUUCCUAAACUUUCUGUUAUAUCUUAAAGCUGCUACUUAAAAAAACACCCCAGAUAUUUAGUUAGGAAUUCAUUUAUUUUUUUCAUUAUCAUAUCUGUAGCUAAAUUAAAAAAGGAUUUAAUAUUUUUCUAGAGUGUUUUUAUAAAUUAAAAAUAGAAAGGGCCAUUGUGUUAUGUACGGCAUUUGUUAUUUGUUAACUAUUUUUGUCGUUUUAUAGAGAGUUUGUAGAAUUUUUUCAAAGUUAAAAACGAAAAGAAAAAGCAAGGACAAAGGUUUUAUACAGGUGACAGGUUUACGCGUAAAAGAUUGUUGCUUUGCAAUAUCUAUUGUUUGCGACGUUGUGAAGCAAAACAUUUAAUCUUUUUGUUCCAGUUCUAUAGACAAUACGUUUCCUAUAAACAGAAAGUUUACUGAAGUCAGAGACUUCUACUUACGUGCAUACUUCCCUAAUUAGUGGUUUUAGUUUCUUCUGUGUUUUUUGGGGGGUUUUUUAUGAGCAAAGGAUACUCCAAAAUAUCCAUAAAGCCAUUUUACCACUGUUGGGAAGUAAAAUCAAGCCCAGUAUCGAAUUUUCACAAACUGAUUGAGGCCUUACCAGUAAAAAUAUUCAGGAGAAAAAGGGCACAUUUGAAACAUGAGUACGAUUAAUUGUUACAUGUCACAAAACUGUGAAAAAGAGGAUAGUGGCAAUAAUUCACAGCCAAUCUACCAGGUUCUCCAGCCAAAACAACGGAAAUUAGUUCUACAUUUGGAUUUGAAUAAUACAAUCCUGGUGUCUGAUGCAGUUACAGGACAAGGACCCACUGCAGCUUUGAACUCCUAUCUGUGUACAGUUACCUGGGGAAAGCUAAGUGACACAGGUGAAUGGCAGUGGUUGAAUGAUUGCCUUUCAGCGACUCCUCCAUCUAAGGAUGCCAUUAACUAUUAUACCAAGUUUGGCCGUAGUACGGAUUUUGUUGACACUGAACUCGGCCGGAGGUUUAAAGAAGUCCACACCCAUCACAUGAAAUUAUUAGAGUGGAAAGGAGAACAUGACAAGGUCUUCACCCAGGUGGGCGAAGAUAGAAAGGCAUAUAACUGGAUCCUUCCAUCCUUUUUCUAUCUGAUAGAAAAGCUUCACCAACAAGGACGCCAGUUCACUAUCAUAUUACGGACGUUUGGGACAGACCUCCCACUUGUACUACAGGCCGUUCAUUCUGCUUUUACAGGGAAACACCCACACUUCCCUCAACUGCAGAACAUACCGAUGACCGUGGAUCUGACGCCAGGAAAGAUCCGUUGCAGUAAACGAGUAUCUGUUCUCACUCGUGGAUCUGAUCGCAUUUCGACAAAAGCUAAUGAGGGGGUCAUUUAUGACUACUUCAGGACUAUGACUGGCAUCGGAGGCUUCCAGGAUCACUUUGAGUGGUGGGCUAGAAAUAGCUUUGGAAGUGUAGGAGGGAAACCUUUUUGGAUCGACCCAAGUGACUGCGAUGCUCAACAUAUCAUCAUAGACGACAAUAUUCGGCCAAAUGAAGAGGAUACAAUUGUCAAUUGUCGGAUGCUUCUCAGUAAGGAAAACGGGCAAGAAUAUCGGGCAGUGCCUACGUCGGAAGUGUAUGACGUCUGCUUAGUGCAGACAGAUCUUCUCAGAGCUAUUGCAGAAGAGGGUUAUUUUCUCGACUGCGUAAGAAAAUGUGAAGAAAAUUAUGAGCAUUAUCUCUCUACACUCCAAGAUGAAUAGACUCGAUUAAAUGCUACAUGGAUCGUUUACUGAAUACUUGUAGGACUGUUACUAGAAAUGCAAACAUAGAAUAUAGCACUGUAUGUGGUGAGUUGACAGUUGAAUUGCAAAAUUUAGGUUCGACUCAUGGAGUCUAAUUUUGCAUUUUUUUUAGCCUAUUCACCACUACUUAUAAGUUAAAAUGUUACUCCAAGCCCCAUAACCACAUCAGUGCUUUAAAGUUGUCAUGGUGCAAGUAGCCUGUAUAUCCAGCAUUUCAGUAUGAAAUACCAUCGAUGUUUUUUUCCAUUACCCUGAACAGCACCAGAGCACUCCUAACAUCAUAGCAGACAGCAGUGGUUAUGGUUCUUAAAGUAACCCUUUAAUAACACUUUGGAGUUCUACAGAAGCAAGCACUGAAUAGUUUUGCAUUGCAAGUUUCUCUAUAUUGUUUACAGUUCUCCAAUAAUUAGAACGCUGCCUCACUGUGAAGGUUUGCACUUCAUUAAAUGUUACAAAGCGGGUUAAUGAAACUCCAUAUCCCUGGAGGACAGUGAUAAUGCAUUUUGCCUACUAACCUCUGUACAGAGGCUGGUACUCCCGUCACUCUGUGUAAGGCUUGUCUGGCUGACAAUGUUGGGAGUUGUAUUCUGCAACAUAUUAAGUGUACUCUACUGAGCCAUUGCAAGCGUGUCAGUUUGACAGAUGGGCUUCUGCAGCAUAAAUGCCCCUGUCUCUACAUCAGGUGGGCACGUGUUUCAUUCAUAGAAUCAAUUUACAUUUUCAAGAAUUCCAGAUAUAAAUGUGAUCAAUCUAUGAACAAAACAUAGGCCAAUUUGUAGAGCUUGCAUUUUAAUGCCACUAUAGAGUAUUUAUGAAUGAUGGUGUAAAAUAUCCAGUGUUGUAUCCAGUAUAAUUACAAUAAUGAUCAUAAUUCAGAAUGUAGAACAUUAGCAGGCUUUUUAGUCUGUUAUCAGCACUGAAAUCCUUUGACUGUAGUAAAUGAAAUUGUGUUCUUAAAUUAAAUUGGUUCAAAAAGAGAA